UUUGUCAGCAGUGGGUCCUCUGCAGUGAAUGAGUGCCGUCAGAUUGAGUCCAAACAAUAAAAACAUCACAAUAAUCCACAAGCAAUCCACAGCACUCCAGUCCAUCAGUAAACAUCUUGUGAAGGGAAAAACUGCAUGUUUGUAAGAAACAAAUCCUUCAUCAAGUCAUUUUAGCUUCAAACCAUUGCUUCAGGCUAAAAUAUGAGUCCAUAAUAUUACUUUCUCCAGUGAACACAAAACAAAAUGGACAUAAACAAUUUGUAACAGAGACAAUGCCAUUCAAAUGAAUUUACAAAGCCAAGUUUAAUAGAAAGCAAGAACAGAAGUGAAAUGCAAAGAAGAUAGAAGGUGCCAUUUUAAUUAAAAGAAAAUUCCUGACUGCAGUGUGCAAUGCACAGCAAAAUAUUUUAACAAAUAAAAUUGCUCCAAAGAAAAGAAGCUUUGCAUAUGCAGAACCUGUUUAACUAGUGCUAAAAUAGGUCAGGGUGGAUAGCUUUAUAUCGUCAGUCUGUUCUGAUCCUUAAAGAGAAGGUAAGUUAAUCUUACGUAUUACAUGAUAGACUUAAAAUUGUUUAAUUUUACAUACUGUAUUAUGACAGGGUCUAAAACGAUUUUUUAAAAAUAUAUAUUAGAGUUGGGUCAUGUAUAUAUAAAGCUACCACACUUGCUUGAACAUUUUGCUAAAAAACUACUUUUGAUGAUUUUCUUUCUUCAUGCAACCAGCAAACAAAAUGACUCAGAUGGUGGUUUUCUCUUACUGAUUUGUUCUCUUUUCCAAUGUCUGACGACUCUGACCUGAUCUGCCACUUAAACUAACUUUGCAUUACUUUCAGUGUUAAAAUAAUUUUACUACUGAUAUUUAAUUCAAAUUCUAUGGCUUAAUCUCUUAAGUGUUUAAGUGCUAUUCAAACAAUUAAUUUAUGUCAUUAAGAUUUAAAAUGUUAUGUUGAACUAAAGAAGAUUAGAUUUGAGUCAAUGGCAAUACCAGAGAGACAGGGUGGUGGUGAUGGUGACAGAAGCAAGUGGAAAUACUAUGCCUUCCUGGUGCCCAUGCUGGGACUCUCUGCCUUUGGAUGGAUCUGGUCCAAGCAGUUUCAAAUGGAAAUUCAGGAUGCCAAAGGUGAGAUCAAUCUUCAAGCCCUGGCUUUCCAGAAUCUGAAACUCAAUGAAGAACAUUGUUACAUGAGGUUGGAAGAGAAAAGUGAACUACGUAGACUGUUUCAGAAAGCUCUGGAAAUUGAAAAAGGACGAGAGCAGAUUGCUUUAGCAGUUCUGAAUGAUGUGGAAUACAGGCUGAUGGAAAGACAGAGGGCCUUUUGCAGUAUUUUCGUUCACCGUACAAGGAGGGUGGAGAUGGAGAAAGACCUAUUGAUUUAUACAGCUAAAGAACCCCUUCUUGCACAUCUGCAUAUGGAGGACGGACUCAGGGAUAUUUUCAAGAAUGAUCGCAGUUGUGCUGAGUAUCUCAACACAGAUAAGCGCAGGAAUGGGAGUCUGAUGUGGCUGUAUCUCAGAUACUGGAAGCUGCAACUCACUCUUCAAACACACCAGAGAGCUGAGGCAGCUAUGCUUGGCACAGACAACAAGUGACACUGGAAGAGCAGAAAUUAAUCUGUAUCACUAAAAUUAUGUAUUUAAAAAAAAAAAAAAAAUGUAUUUAUCAAUAAAGUUUUUCAAUUUU